AGCCGCGCGCCCGCUCCCCCUCCUCCCGGCUGGGCUGUGAAUGAAGCUCUGCAGGCUACGUGGGGCGCUAGCUCAACUUAGUGUCCCGGACGCCAGAGCUGACUGAGCGCUCGGCCCGCCAGCGGCGGGCACGGGCUCUGCCGCUCCGGACCUCGGCGACAGGUUCUGGGCUUGAGCAUCUUGCAGAAAACAAGACGACACAGCUGCUGUUCCAUCUACAUCCCAGUCGAGUCUCCCUACAAAACUGGGGGGCCCGGGAAACUCUGAGCCUGUGACCCCAGCGUGGGAGAGAAUAGGAUCAAGAUGGCCAUGUGGCAGGGAGCCAUGGAUAACAGAGGCUUUCAGCAGGGGAGUUUCAAUAGCUUCCAGAGCAGCUCCAGUGAUGAGGACUUGAUGGACAUACCAGGGACAGCUAUGGAUUUCUCCAUGAGAGAUGAUGUUCCUCCCUUAGAUGGAGAAAUAGAAGGUAUCAUUACUGCUGAUGACAAUUUAUCUUUUAAAAAAUUAUUUCCAAUGUACAUACAAUAACAUUUAUUUAUCUCCUGGCACACAGUCCUGUGAAUUUUAACACAUGCGUAGAUACUUGUAAUCACCACCACCGACAAGAUACAGAACAGUUCAACACCCACAAAGAAUUCCUUCUUAUUACCCUUUGUAGUCAGACCUCCCCCACCCCCAAGCCCUGGUAACCACUGAUUGGUUCUCUGUCCCAUAGUUUUUCCUUUUUGAGAAUGUCAUAUACAUGGAGUCACAUAGUUUCAACUUCUGAGACUGACUUCAUUCACUCAGCUUAAUGCCUUGGAGUUUCAUUUAAGUUGUUCAUUCCUUUCUCUUGCUGAGUAGUAUGCCCUGGAGUGGGAUCACUGGAUUGUGUGAUAAAUGUAUGCUGAACUUUGUAAGUAACUGCCAAACCAUUUUCCAGAGUGGCUGUACCAUUUUGCAUUUUUGCCGUACGCGGGCCUCUCACUGUUGUGGCCUCUCCCGUUGGGGAGCACAG